AGUUGUUUUAAGUGUUUCUCUUGCGUCUGAGAAAAGGCGAGCCCACCGAUAUCUACGGACCUCGCAACUUGGAACCGUUCCCCCCUCCCGUUGCACACAGUUGUUCUCAGAACUUAUACGACGAGCUGAGCGUGUAUUCACCCCCAAAGAAAAAAGGAGAGGGGGCUGUCUUCUCAUUUCUGUUUUUGUUUUUUUUUCCUGCUCAUCUCUCGAAGAAUCUCGUUCUUUGUUUGCCGAUUGGAGUAUCACCUGGUCGUCUUCCAUUGACCCGGAACGCCUUCCACGUACAGCUUGUUGUGUCCCCACGACGUAAUCGCGGUUCUUUCCCUCUUACCGUCUUCGUGCGCUGCGCAGAACUGUGAGAGGAGACAGAAGAUAAAAAGUAACCUAUUGCGAGUAGAAGCGUCGGUUGCAGCCCAGUGCUCCCUAAGUGCAACACCAGCAAAAAGAAAUGUCAAACGAGAAGCCCAAGAGAGCGUUCGGCGUGUGUAUGCCGUACUUGACAAACGGCCGUCUGGAGGGGUUUCUUCGCAUUCCGAUAGCCAUGUGCAUGUGGUACCUCUUCUUUCGCGGCGCCGUCGCGCCGUUUUAUAAUCACGCCGAUGCUCGGCGCUGCCCCGAGGGCGACUGCGCGGCGUCCGCUGCCUCGUGGGGCGUCUUAACCUGGCUUCGCGUGUACUUUAGCGCCAACGGCGUCUUCCUUGUCACGCUGUUUAUUGUAGAAAACCUCCGUUGCCUCCUCUUCCCAGGGCCCAUUCGGCUCUCUCUCACGGACGACUACGUGAGCAGCAACCCCCCGAAGGUAGACAAGAUGGAGGCCUUCCGAUACGAUACUCCCUUCACCACGUACGAGGGAAUUAAAGUGGGAUUUUUUGUCGUCACCGGCAUCGUGUUUGUGCGCUUUUUCUCGGCGCUCGCGACCAUCUUCCUCGGUCUCUUCUGCACGAGCGUCGCCGGCCGCUUUGACCGCUACGCGCACCCUUGGUGGUUCGGCUUCUGGUCCCGCAUGACGAAGUUGCUGGCAAUUGUGUCGCUCUCUCUCCUCGGGAUUCACAGCGUGCAGUUCUACGGAAAGUUUGCCAGCCGCACGGAGUGCAAAUUUUUGAUCUGCAACCACAGCUGCGUGACGGAGCUGAUGCUGCUCUACCUGAUGGCCGACCUCCCCGCCUUUGUGUCGCGGCGGGAAAACUUGCAGUUUGCCUUUAUCGGCAGCAUCGUCAAGUGCAGCGAGAGCAUCCUGGUCGACCGCGACGCCGCCACGUCGCGCGCGCAAACGCAGCAGGCCAUCUUUGAUUUUGCGAGGAACGUGAACGGGCCGCAGCUGAUGGUAUUUCCGGAGGGCACAACGUGCAAUCAACAGACGCUCUUUCAGUUCAAGAAGGGUGUCUUCGCGCCUGGUGCGCCGGUGCAGAUGGUCUGCUUUGCGUUUCCUUAUCGGCACUUCAACUCCGCGUGGACGGGGCGCGAGGUGGGCGGCAACAGCUUCUCCGACAUCCUGCUGCGUCUCAGCUGCCAGUUUGUGAACUACGCGGAGGCGCGCGCGCUGCCAGUGUACUACCCGACGGCAGAGGAGAAGCAGGACCCUAUUCUGUACGCGGCGCACUGCCAGCGGAUGAUGGCGACGGUGCUGCACGAAAACGUGAGCGAUGCAACGUACAACGACUACAAGGAGGCCAGCAAGCUUUACGCCGAAUCGAAGAAGCGCAAGUGA